CAGUUCGCCUCAGCUAACAAUUUGGAAUGGAGCCAAAUAGCUAUGUGCAGGCCUCGGCGUUGCCCAACAGCAAGCGUUUCGUUGUCGAAGAUUCAAUUACUAAGGUGACCUCGGAUGGGGAACCGCACGGCAUGAUGACCAUGGUGGCAGGUUUGUCGGGCUUAUUAGCAGCCAUUAUUAUAUUGGCCGUGCUCGUUUCGAUGGUGGCAUGUCGCAAGCGUAAAACCUGUUGCCACAAAAGGAAGGCCUUGGGGCAGCAAGAUCCGAGCAAAUCAUUGGCCGUGGCCAUGACCAGCGUGGAGAGGUCGCAGCAACAGCUGGCCGGCAAUCUGAAUGCCGCCUUUGCGGAGAGCACACUGACCCUCAGCGUCGAUGUUAAGGACAAGGGCAAGGACCGGGAUAAUCAAUGGCCCACAGCAAUUGUGGUUCAGCGCUAUUAGACG